GCGACACCACACCACAGCGAUCCCGCUGGAUCCCGCUUUACUUUUGGGGCAGCGCGCCCAGUUGGUUGCAAGCCGCAGGACAGAGUAGCUGUGUGGUGAAUUUGCGCAAAGACAGAAAUUUGUGACGAGAACCCUCGUCCGCUGAGAGAUGUGCUACAAGGCCAGGAAAAGAAUGUUUUCAGUGAGAAUAAUUACAGUAAGAACGGAAAUGUUACGGAUUUGAUUGCUGUCUUGGCGCGAAUUAUUACCCUCUCGUAGCCUAGCUUUUUUUUCGCAACUGUAAUAAUCUGGGUGCCCCCUACUCAGUUUUGUGAAUGUCAUACUUUCUUUAUUUUUUAUUAUUUCUGUUUCCGUAAAGUUUCUUUACGCUUUUUGGCCUCUCUUUUUUUUCUAGCAACCCUGAACACAACUUCUGCCCCCUCCCGUUCCAAAAGUAGAACCUCAGCCCCCUCGAAAGGCGCCCAAGCAGGCGAGCACAAGUCACAGGGAGGCCGCAGUGCAAGUGCCACUGCCAGUGCCGCCUCGUCCAAGGACGUGCCGCCCAAGGCCAGGGCCCGGCCCACCAGCGGGGAGCCCGAGCAGGCGCCGGAGCCGCCGGAACCAGAGGAGCCGGAAGUGGAUCUAGAACCCAUCGUCAAGUCGCCGCCGGAGCCGACGCGGGUCAAAUCCCCGGAACAGAUCAUCAUGCGCUCGCCGGAGCCCGUCAACUGGACCGUCCCCUUGGACACCGGAAAGACUUUCACCGUCACCCAGAACGUCCCCGACGCCGACGGAGAGCGACCCACCCCCAGCCCAGCCCCACCGACCGCCGCGCCCAAAGCCUCAGAACCCUCAGCCCCGCCUAAGCCCGCCCCGCGCAAGCCUGACCCCAAGGCGGCGGCAGCGCCCGCGCCCCCGGCGGCCGCCCCGGCCGCACCCGCCUCCGCGGCCAGCACCAAGCCCGCGCAGCCAGAGGCCAAGACCACCGAGGCCAAGCCUGCCCCGGCCAAGAGCGACCCGAUGGCGGCGUCCACAUACGGCAGCCUCGGAGGCAAGACCGCGUCUCCGGCCAAGACCGCCUCCCCGGCCAAGACCGCCACUCCGACCAAGACCGCCUCACCGGCCAAGAGCGUCAAGGCUGAACCAUCCCCGGCCAAGUCGGCGGCCAGCGAGCCCAAGUCCGACCCCAUCUCGUCGUCCACCAUGGCGGGCUCGUACUCGGGCAGCAGCAUCCCGAUGACCGACUCGUCGCUCAUGGGGAGCAGUCUGGGCGGGGCCUCCCUCAAGACGGACCCCAUGACGGCGUCCUCGGCGGGCAGCCUCGCUGGCUCCCUCAAGUCCGACCCCAUGGCCAUGUCCAUGUCCGGGAGCAGCCUCGGGGGUUCGUCCUUGAAGUCGGAUCCCAUGGCCACGUCGAUGAUGGGUAGUAGCCUCGGGGGCUCGUCUUUGAAGUCGGACCCCAUGGCCAGCUCGAUGAUGGGUAGCAGUUUUGGCGGAUCCUCGCUCAAGUCGGACCCCAUGACCACGUCAAUGAUGGGCAGCUCCAUGAGCGGCUCCUUUGACCCCAUGACGUCGUCCAUGAUGGGCAGCAGUAUGGGGUCGUCCAAGGCUGAGCCUAUGAGCUCAGCCAAGAAGGACCCCAUGACCACGUCCGUCAUGGGCGGCCUGGGCAAGGACCCCAUGACCACCUCCAUCAUCGGCUCCCUAAACGGGGUGGAGGACAAGACUGCCUCUAGCACGACGGGCUCCUCGGCCAGCGGCACGCUGAAGUGCCUGGAGGAUCCGUCAUUCGAGUUCGACAUGGGCCGUCAGCAGCCUAAGGCGACCCCCAAGGUGCAGAUCCCGACCCCUGGCGGUGCCGGAGGCGGCGCUGGAGGCGCUGCUGGAGGCGGUGCUGGCGGCGGCGCUGGUGGCUACCGGGUCCUGGAGGCGCCCACCCCGCCCCCAACCGCCUCCAGCCAGCAGCAACCUCCGCUCGCCUCCGCAGCGCUGGACAACGCGAGGGACAGGUUUGAUAAGUUCUGGGGGAAGGAGAAGGAGGGCCAGUUGUAAGUAGCGCUGGCCAGAUGGGUGUAGCAGUCUGAUUUUAACAAAAUGGGUAGUGGGUCUGGCGACGAAUGGACGUUGUCUCUUUUGCGGGUACUCAGUCCAUUCGGCGAGAUGUCCCCUUAAGUGAUAAAAGCCGGUGUGUAUAAAAAAGAGGAAAUGUGAUGUGGUGACGGUGUUGCGAGGUGAUUGUAAGCUGCAGCCAGUAGCAGCUCUUGGGCCUUUACAGUGUAGUUGAAAUCGCAUCCCCUCCCACCUGCGGCUGUAUCAAUCAAAUGGACCAAAGAAGCGUUACUGCCAACCUGGGCGGAGCUCACGGACAAGUGUGUGGAGGGCACGCGUUCAUCGGGAGUGGGAGUUUUUUAAACUCUAGCUAUGUCUCUCUCUCUCUCGCACACUCCCAUCUCGUAGUGCGUAACCUCUGUACACUUGCUGUGUGGGCAAACGUCUCAUUGUGCUGGUGAGCUGCUCUAGUCGAACACCGGCCCAGCAGGGCUGGCCCCUGACCUGGGCGGGGCUUUGCCCUCGUCACUGCCCUCGGCUCUGCCCUGGCCUCAGAACGGGGAUAUUCCGCGCCAGAGUCAGAGUUCGGUUUCAACAGGACAGAAUCACGUGAGACGGCCUCUGCCAAUUUUUAUUGUGUGAUUUGUGGGGCAGACCAAUUGGGUCCUGCGGUUUUGAUGCUUUCUCUCGUUUCCCAUAGACUUUUAAUGUUCGUGUUUUUAGGGCAAAGAGUCAUAACAUAGCUUUUGUGGUUUUAGGUGCUAUCGUCUGUUAUGACAGCAUUGAAGCAGUGUGAUGUCAUUUUGUACUGAAUUUCCACUUAGGUAAUUUUUCCCACGUUAUUAAAUAAUUGUUCGCCAUCUAUGUAACAUGAGAAAUCACGUCCAUUCAGUUUGAGGGUCAUGUUCAAAACUAAAAUGAUCUUCUAGAGUGUUUACUUCAUUAGCAUUUAUGGUAUAUCAUGGGUUGCCCACUCUGAAGGGAAAUGGACUGCAAAGUUUUCUCCUUGUGACACCCAAGCAGCACAAAAAGUAAGAGUGACUUCAAAAUGGCAACAGCAUUGGAUUUGUAGAAUAGGUAUUUUGACUGUUGCUCGACCUAAAGGUGCUUCUUGGGGUGCUUAUAUUGUGAUCAUUUGAAUGUGUGUAUGUGUAUUUAUCAUCGCAGUGCGGAAGGCUUAUGUCAAGUUUGAUUGACAUGCAAAUGUAAAACUUGUACAAAUGAACAAAAAUUCUAUGUAAAGCAAUUUGCUGGGAGCACAGUUGUGUUGUAUGCUGUUCGGAUAAGAACCUAUAUCUGGAGAGUGCAGUGUCACAAUUAUAUUAUUGUGUUAUGUAAAUACGAGAUUACUUUCGUUAUGCAAAGUAACAUAUUUGAAAACAAAGUUUAUGUUAAAAUAUUAUGGAAUAAUUUAAUGCCGUCGUGUUAUUUGAAAGAUAACUUCACUUUAAAAUGUCAGGUAAAGCUGGUCGGUUCUUAUACUUGUUUACAUAAUGACUGACUACAAUGUACUAUCUAAUUAUGGAAUUGUUGAUUGGAUUUGGCAAAGGUGUGUAAAACGACAUUGUUUUAAACAUUUUCGUCAAGACCAACACUAUCCACAUUUUAUCAUGCAAGGUAGAAAUAGUCAUUUCCAGUUCCACGGGUACAUUAGGAAUUUUUGUGUACUUCACGCCUUAAUUUCAUGUUUUGUCUAUUUUUGCGAUUUUUUCUUUAACCUGGUAAAUAAAGCUUAUUGCAAAAA